AUGAUAUCGCGAGGCAAGACUAAACACUAUCGAGUGUUUUGUUCUAAACAUCUUGAGGAACUGAAAAGAAAACGGGACGCUCUUGGCAACACUGCUGAUAAGACUGGAAGAACGGAAUACGUACAACCCUGGAGACGACAAUCAGCUGUUCUAAAGCAAGCCAUUUUACAAACUAAUCGCACUCCCUUCGACAAGUCUAUCUCAAAUAUCAACUAUCAAAGUGAUAGCCAACGCACUUUCAAAUUUCUGAGAAACCUCCAAAACAACAGAGAAAGACCCAAGAAAGAACCAAUAGGCCUAAACAGCAAAUCGCCUACCACCGACUCCAAAAUAGCUAACUGGUUUGCGAGGUUCUAUUCCCACAAGCAAAAGAAAAACACUUACGAGGUUCUAUUCCCACAAGCAAAAGAAAAACCCUUUUGUUGA